AUGCCCUGGCCUGGGACAACAGAAAUGAAAAGAAAAGGCGACAAUAUAGGCCCAGGCAAGGAUGACGAGGUCAUUGAUGAGAGGCAGUUUCCAUUUACACAAAACCCACUUGCAGGGAUUCCACAUUACUCGAAACUCCCCAAUGACAAAGGAUCACAAGACUCGCAACAACAUCCAAAAGCUGACUUUGUCAACGCUACUCAGGACCGCGGCAAGCAAAUUUCAGUAGGGCUCAAAGCAGACAUUCGAAAGAAUUACUACUACCCCCCACCUUUGAGGAAAUGUGUUAUUGAGCUCCAUGAAGAGAAGUACCACAGCUAUGAUUAG